AUGGGCAGGCGCGGACGACCACCAAAGGUGGUGGCAACGCCGGAAACAUCAACUGAUAAUCUGAACGAUGAUCAGCAAGGCAACAAAGAUUCAACAUCUGAGACAAUAAUGGAACAUGAAAAAGAGAAAACAGUAGGAGCGAUUGCAGAGAACCAGGAAAUCCAUGAAACCCUAGAAGCAGAGAAGGGGAUAAACGAACCCAGAAAACUCUGGGUUGACGUCAUUAGCGGAAAUCGCAACCCAGGUAAUGGAUUAUCACUCGAAUUCAUAGCACCAAAGAUUGUCAAUGGAGUACCGGAGGUUAUAAUUGAGGAAGUAGAUACUAUCAACGAGGUGAAAUUCUGGGAAACCUCUUUGAUAAUGUAUGUUCUGGGUGGUGAAUUAAGCAUGAAUGGUGUCAAGCAGUUCAUGACCAAACAAUGGAAUUUCGUCAAGUUACCUGACAUGUACUACAACAACGAAGGCUAUUUUAUUCUGAGAUUUCAUUCGCAUAAAGAAAGAGACAAUAUUCUAUUGAAGGGACCGUAUACCAUACAAAACAUGCCGAUGUUACUAGCUGAAUGGAAGCCAAAUUUCAAUUUGAAGACUGAUAUGCUGCGUACCAUCCCGGUUUGGGUCCAAUUUCCCCAACUGCCACUCCAUCUAUGGGGAAAAAAAUCCUUGGAAAAGCUAGCAAGCGUACUCGGAACCCCGCUAAUGACUGAUGAAUGUACCGCCAACAGAUAUCGUAUUUCAUAUGCUAGAGUACUAGUCGAAAUAGACAUCACCCAGGAGCUGAUUAAGGAAAUAAUCAUUACGGACGACAAUGGAGAAAAGAUGCAUAAAAUGGUGGAAUAUGAGUGGAGACCACCGUAUUGUAUGAAAUGUCAUCGAAUAGGACAUAGAUGUGAGGAAAAACGGCAGGAAAAUCAGGUGAAAAAAUGGGCCCCCAAGAAGAAGAAAACAAAUGAGUACCAAUUGAAAAAACCUCAGGAGGAGCAUGUUCUUAAGACACCUAUACACCAGAUAGUAUUGCCUGUGAAUGUUCCGACACAACAACCUAUUACAAAGGCCCAACAGCAGACCAGAAUUGAGAUUACUAAUGGACCAAUCCUCCAACCAACAAAUGAACAACAGACAGAUGAGGGAGAAUCCAAAGGCUGGACAGCAGUUCGGAGGCGUGAUAAAGAUAAAAGUUAG